GCUCAAGCAAUCCAGAGUGCACUGGCAGUUAUGCCUUGGCUACUAGUAGCCCAGAACAUAUAAGCAACACGCAGCAUACUGCCGGACGCCCUAUAGACGAAGCCCAACUUGGACAUUUGCCAAGUUGCUUCGCGCCCUUUACAGCCCUUACGGCCUUUCAACCGCUACCGAUUCAUGGAGCCGCUGCGCUAGUACAAUCCGCCAAGCAAAGAUAUGACCGAAGCCUUUCACGAAUCAGAUAAAAGGUUACCAGGUCACCCGAUCCCCUAGGUCAAUCUUCACUCGAACCAGUUUGCCGGCCUUGCUUGCCUUCCUCCGACUUCUGAAUCAACGCCAUGACGGGAGCAGAUCCCCUAUCGCUUGCGACAGCCAUCAAAGGGUUGCUGCCCUUAGUUGAAGAGGAAUUCGCGCUUAUUCGCGAUGCAUUCAUAUCUGACAGAGAGCUGCGCUUCCACCUCGGGAGAGUCGAGCUGCAGAAGGUGAUCUUUCAAGCAUGGCAAAAUGGCUGGAUGGACUCGCGUGAAAGGCCCGAUCAGAAGCUUAUGGAUUUUGCAAUCGCCAAACCUUUCUUAGCCGCCGAAAUCUUGCAGCAGCUAUUUCUUUUCCUUCGGAGUUUCACGGACCCGGACAAACUCCAGAAACGUUAUGGACUGAGCGUCCAGUCCGCUGCCGCCAACAGGCUUGGCGACCUGGCCGCUGAUAUGAAUCGUGCGGCAGGGUAUCUUUAUAAUUUCGACAGCCUCCGUCUCACAAGAGAAUAUGCGAUGACUUUCGAGGAGGAUCUGGCAAGGCAUCUGGAUUUCCUACAAAAGAUCCGCUUCCUCCCAACGGCCACCGAACACGAAAUCGAGAGUAUAGUUGCACGACUAGACGAGUUGAACCACAGGCUCCAACUGUUCGCCGCAGAUAACCUUCGGGAUCGACGGGUCUUUGAGCUAAUCGUAAGGGACAUCAAAGGGGAUCCUGACCGAGCUAAGCGGCUUGCAGAGGCAGCUGCCUAUGAAUCAAAGUACUCCCUGAACCCCGAGGCUAAGCAGACGUUGGACGACUGGUCUAAGUUUGCAAACUUCAGUCUUGCUCUGCAGUCAGCCAGCGCCGACGCCAUGUCCCGCAAAAAGAUCUUCAGCCGGAGCGACUUCUCCUUUGACAGCCCGUUCAAGAUCAGCGCCAACUCAACACUGGCCCGUCUGUUUGACUAUCCUACAAAGUAUCAAAGCCGUUUAGUCCUUGUCGAGUGGGUGAGAAUUCAGGCUGCCAAGAUGCCAUCCAUCGCAGCAAAGUUAGAUGAAAUGAAGAUCGCAUGGUACGUGCUCCAUGCCGAAAGGCCGGAGAAGAUGCUGUUGCCGGGCUCCAUUGGGCUUAUCUACGAUGACUCCGAGCCUCAGGAGAUCGGCUACGUUUUCCAGUUACCGUCACAUAUCCGGAGCAACCUCCCCACGAAGCAUGCCACAGGGCCCUCGGGAGACAUUGGCCACCGAGUUGUCCGCUCAUCAAUGACCAUUGCGGCACAACGGAUGCCUACGAGCCUGAGGCAGUUGAUCAAGAAGGAAAGCAGAGGUCUGGAUCUUGGAAUCCGCUUCACCAUAGCAAAGAAACUUCUCGAUUCCCUGCAUCUAAUGCAUGCCGCCGGUUUUAUUCAUAGAAAUAUCCGCCCUGAUAACAUCCUCUUGUUCCCCUCCAAAAGCCCCCGUGACGGAGAGCCCGAUCCAGCAGCCCUCGACUUCGCCAACCCGCUUCUCGUCGGCUUCCAUCACGCCUCGCUCGAGAUCGAGGUUCCUCCUCAGGAACAGCACAAUAAGCCAAUCGAAGGCUUGAAGCCCAUCCUCAAGAACAAGAACCCGGCUCGCGUCGUCGCCAUCGACUGUUAUCAGCAUAUGGACCGCCGCUUAGAUCCCACUUGCCCAUAUCGCCGGCGGUACGACCUCUACGCCAUCGGCUGUGUUCUGCUCGAGCUCGGAUUGUGGGAGACUCUGGAUUGCGUGAGCGGAAAGGACAUUGCCGCGAGGGCCUGCCAUCCGACCAUUCAGGCGGCAGACGAGGAUAUUUGGUUGGAUGCAAGAAUAGUGUGCGAGGCGGCCAGCCAGUUGGAUAGCAUCACGGGGUCUAUUUAUGCCAAUGUGACGAGAGAAUGCCUGUUACAGAGCCCGGUGACUGUGGACAUUGUGGAAUUAGAAAGAGAAUUGGCCGGGGCUCUGUCCAAGUGCCAUGCCUGAUGGUAUCUACGGACCCAACGGCGUCCGCGCUAGCUUUUGGGGAGGACAGGCUUGCGGCAUGUUCAAGGCGUUUGGACCCUUGUUCUUGCGAUAGGACGCGAGCGGACGGUCCCCUUAUCGAGAGCAAUCUCGAGCUUUUAAAGCUCUCUCAGGAUGUGGUUCGGUGUCCCGUGGAGGUAUCCAGCAUCGCUACUGCUCUAGGUCGCCCACACAUGUGGACUAAUUGGAUGAUCGGCCUCAAUGAUCUCAGUAAUUCUUUGGUUCUGUACGAGGACAUGCUAGGCGUUCAGAAGUGUUGGUAUCCAACCUCCACAUGCUCUAAGACGGCCUCAGAGGCUGGGUUUCUUGCUCAUCACCACUUUCCACAUCCUCACUCUCAUCCUCCUC